UAAAAUUGGAGCAUAUUGAUUCCGGAAGUUCUUUUUUCUUUUUUUUCAUGGGGUGUUAUUUGCAUAUUACACGGAUAUCACGCAUAUAAUCUCCUUGACGGUUUGACUCCUGGUGCUUUCGAUUCUCUAAGUCCACUAUCAGAGUCCGCGGGGCUCUCCAACCGGCAAGAUGGUGAACAUUACGGAAAAGAUUAAGGAGAUUGAAGAUGAGAUGCGUAGGACGCAGAAGAAUAAGGCCACAGAAUAUCAUUUGGGUCUUCUAAAAGGAAAACUUGCCCGAUUAAGAGCCCAACUGCUAGAACCCACAGGCAGUUCUGGCGGUGCCGGGGCAGGGUUCGAUGUCAGCAAGAGUGGUGAUGCCCGUGUUGCACUGGUCGGGUUCCCAUCUGUUGGUAAAUCCACCUUCCUGAACAAGAUCACCAAGACGAAGAGUGAAGCAGCCGCGUACUCGUUCACUACCCUUACUGCUAUUCCCGGUGUGUUGGAGUAUGGGGGUGCUGAGAUUCAGAUUCUUGAUCUUCCUGGUAUCAUUGAGGGUGCCUCUGAGGGUAAGGGGCGAGGGAGACAGGUCAUUUCUGCCGCUAAGACCAGCGACUUGAUAUUGAUGGUUCUGGAUGCUACCAAGAAGGCGGAACAGCGCGCCUUGCUUGAAGCUGAAUUAGAUGCUGUUGGUAUUCGACUUAACAAAGAGCCACCAAAUAUCUAUCUUAAAGCAAAGAAAGCAGGAGGAAUGAAAAUCACUUUUUCAUCACCACCCAAAAACCUAGACGAAAAGAUGAUCUACAACGUCUUGCGAGACUACAAGAUUCUAAACUGCGAGGUCCUAGUCCGAGACGAAAAUGCUACAAUUGAUGACUUUAUCGACGUGAUCAUGAAAGACCACAGAAAAUAUAUCCCCUGUCUGUAUGUCUACAACAAAGUCGACAGCGUCAGCAUCGAAUUCCUCGACCAACUGGCCCGUGAACCACAUACUGCUGUAAUGAGUUGUGAGCUAGACCUCGCCGUGAAGGACGUCGUUGAACGUAUCUGGAAAGAACUGCGCUUGAUGCGGGUGUACACAAAACGAAAGGGAAUCGAGCCUGAUUUCAGUGAAGCAUUGAUUGUUCGGAACAAUUCUACUAUAGAGGAUGUUUGUGACCAGAUCCAUCGGACACUAAAGGAAACGUUCAAAUAUGCGUUGGUUUGGGGUGCGAGCGCAAGGCAUGUUCCGCAGCGGGUUGGGUUGAGUCAUGUUGUUGCUGAUGAGGAUGUGGUUUCGAUUGUGGCAAAGUAAUGCAGGGUUGGUUAGCUGAGUGAUACCAUGGCCUUUGAUAAAGAAAUCCAAUAGGUUCCAGAAAUCAAAGCAUCCAAACGUUCUACAUUCUAAGGAUGGAUCAGAUAACGAUAUAUGAAACGAAAAUAUUUUGAAUUCUCUUAAAUACAAAGCGAAACUAUAAAGUGAC